AGUUCUUCCGUUGUAUUUUCGUGACACGCAAUCCUGGCGGCCGAGGAAGAAGUUCUAGUGUGUAACAACUUGAGAAGUCUCGUUGCGUAAAAAGGCUUCUCCGUUUGCAGUCGAGUUGAUGUCAUAGAAACGGUGAAUGCGUUGAGGUGUGCUGGGAACGGUAGUAGAAGGAAUCACUCUUCAUGGAGUGAAGAUGACAAUUGGGAACUCGGGGAGCGAGACCGAACCGGCCCAUAUGUUGGAGGUCACGGAACAUCGGAAACUGCCGGAGGACCGGGUUAAAGAGUUGGAUCUUUCCGGAUUGGAGUCGUUGUUGAAAGAAGCCGCGGACUACAAACGCCCUCAAGACAGAACUACAAAGAGUAAAUUAUUUCAGGACUUAUUGAAAGAAGCUGAAGACAGUGACAGUGGAGAAGAACGAAUGCUGUACGUGUUAGCUGGUCAUAGACAGAAGAAAACCGAAGGCAAGAAAAGACGUCGUAAGGAGAGUGGAACUCCGAGAACAGUGGCUACUUGUGGCACUGGUGGCUCCUUGCAGGAUCUCGCUGCUGCUCCACCUACUAGAAAGACCGUGCAAAAAACACCCAAAACUGACGCUGGUGUUGCGACUCGCACUGUCGAAGGUGGUUCUUGUGGAAACUUGUCAAAGGGGUCUUUCAAAACGUCGGCCCCAGGGACGCGGAAGCGCCACAGGCGCAACAAUGGCUCCAAAGGUAAUCACUCCGGAUCUCUGGAGGACUUAUCCCAGACACCCGGUAGUGGUGGCUCUGGUUCUGGCAAAUCGGGUGUCACUCGCCGCCGUCACGCGGAUCCCCCGACCCUGAACCGUGCGGGAUCCUUGCAGAACAUCAAAGUCCCAACUGAGGAAGAUGUCCGCAAAAAAAAGAAGAAGGAGGAGAAGCGAAGGCGUCGCCAGGAUAAGAGCAAGAAGGCCCUGAGCGGAUCUCUGCAGGAUCUGGGGGACGCUGAUCCUGCAGAGAAUCGUCAGCGAAGCGGCAGCUGUCUGGAAAUCAGUCCAGCGGCAGAUUUCCAGACUCCCGAAGUGAUCCUUCCCGACAGAACUUGUCCUCCUGGGUUUGAGUUGGAAUCGCUCGACAGUCGCUCGGUGACGCUCAAUCCCGGUUGCUCGGGUGAUGCGCGCAGUGAUGACGACGACGACAAGCCCGGUGAUUGCUCGUCUGCCAUGGGUGUGAAUGGGAGUUUACCGAACGGGAAUGACAAGAAAAAGCGAAAGAAGGAGAGGAAUGUGGUGAAGACAAUGGAGGCGAGCGAGAUCAAGGGCCAUAUAGGAAAUGUGACGGUGAAUGAGGCAAUGGAGUACAUUGAGCCAAAAACGAAGGUGAUGGCGGCGCCGAAACCUCGGGGACGGCCGGACAAACGGCGGACCGGGGCGGACGUGACUAACCUUCGCACGGCGCAGAAAAAACGGAAUAAGUCUGCCGUGAAUGGGAAAACGGCGGGUUCUGCAUCUUCUGACGUCGGAAACGGCUCUACCAGGCGAUCAGAAGAGACUGUGUUGAAGAGGGCAUCCAGUCACGGAGAGCUCCGAGAUUCGGAUUUCAAGGACGAUUUCUACUCUGUCGUGACGUUGGCUGCAGAAGACAAGGAGGAGUUCCAGACUGUGACGAAGAAACAAAGGAAGAAGCCGUCUCGAGUUGCCACGGUGGCCGCGUCGCCGUCGAGGGACGGGGUGUCGGAGCGUGGGAAACGGACGCCGGUGACGCGGAAGCCGGAUUCCUCGUCUCUGUCGGGAAAGAAGCCUGUGAAGAUGUGCGUCUCGAUGCCUUCGUCGGAUGUGAGCGACGAUUCGAGUGACGGGGAUUCCGUGCACUCGUUGCCGGCCACGGCUACGUCCCGCACGGAUACUGACAAGCCAGUAUCCUAUGCGGACAUGGCACGUGCCGGCAAGCAUCGUGGCGACGGAGACGUGUCCAUGUCUGCCACGUCGUCCACAAUCUCCAGUCCACCGACCACGACUACUUCUUCUCCACCAGGCGGCGUCCUGGACUAUCCGCCCUUGCCUGAAGUGGUUCCCAUGUGUGCUGUCGGGGUGCAGACGGUGCCGGUGAAGCGCUCCCAACGUGCGGGGCAAGCGAGUGGGCCCAAGUCCGUGUCCUCACAUUCUUCGCUGUCCGGUACGAGUGACAUGCCGCCGGUUACCUUCCUCGGCCCCGAUGGCACGCUGGACAUGACUGUUCCGUUUGCUGACGUGUCUUUCGGCACUGUCGAUGACAGCAUGUUGAGUGGUGCUGCUGAGCAGUUCAGUUCUGCCGAGAUUGAAGCAGCAGUCAUCUUGCACAACAUGCGGAUGGGUGGGAUUUCGCAGCGAGAAGGGCCCGAGCGACGAGGGGAGCUGGAGAGCGUGGAAAAGGCGGAAGUGGAGGCAGAGGAGACGUACGAGGAGUAUUUGGAAGAAGUGGAGGAAGUGGCGGCAGGGAAUGAGCCGGAGCUGCUUGGUGCUACUGCUGCACUACCACCACCUCCUCCCCCACCAGUGAACCAAGUGCCUGUGCGGGACUUCGCCAUGAUGUACCGCGAAGUUUCGGACAAAACCCUGGACGAGUCUUACAACGUGGACAUCGUCCGUAAAUUCCUGUCUUGUGUACGCAGCUGGCCCGUGCAAACCCUGACCGGUCUCUUCGGCGUCUCCUCCUCCUCCUCCUCCUCCUGUUCCAUGUCUGUCGGAAUGGACGAGUUUUUGCAGAAGCUCGGUGUCGUUCCGUUCCCGAGGGAUAUUCCUUCCGGUCAGCUGUGUACCACGAUAGUACCCAGUUGUUUCUUGAGAUCAAAGAGGCCGUUGGGAGAUCUGCGGCUUGUGUUCGCAAUGGCCGUGGUUACGCUUGGUGGCCGGGUGAUAAAAGGAUUUUAUGGAAUGGAGCUACUCGAGUUUUCCCCAAAUGGUCAAGUGCAGGCCAGCAGACCUGUGCCAAAAAUUGCAGGACAUUUGCUUGGUAUUUAUUUGAUGCGUAGAGCUGGUUUGACGAGAAUGUCACCUGGACAGAGAGAGAGAGGAAGCGAUGCCCGGGCUUCUUGGCUUCACGUUGGAGCGGGUGACAGUGCCGGGCAUAAGUGUUCGGACGUAGUGUCAUAUUCUAGAACAGCAUGGCUCCGCGUCGUCUGCACCAAAAGCAAGCUGUUUACCACGUUACUCGGGGCUUUUCAACCAAUGGUGCGAGUGCUUUUGAAACGUAAAGGCGUGUUGGUGGAAAUUCCUAGGGAAAAUCGUUGGCAUUACAGUCAAAGCCCGUUAAGACGCCAUCCUCGUUACGAGGCCCGUGGACGGAUCAUGACUCGGUUGAAUCUCACUGAAAUCCUUCGUUCAUCUCUUUUCUGCUUGGAGGCUCUAAGAGGAAUGAAUGUCACUGUCCGCAUGGGUGUGGCGAGACACGCGUGUGAUCGAAUUGCCCGCGAGCUUUCGAUUAGCGGGAACAGUGCCUACUACUACUGUAUUGGCCGUUCGUUGUUCACUCACCUGUUGUGCUGUACAAGUCACGACGGUUCUGCUCUAAUUUAUGAACGGGUCCUUUGGCACUUGGAUGUGUUUCGAAGGAGUUUCCGAGAGCUGAGUAAUCACGCUUGCGCCGGGGAGACGUGUAUUUUCUGUGCUUUGAAGGAGCUGUUCAAGCAAUUCCAACUCGGGGGCGAUGGCGUCCUGCACCCGGAUGCGUUGCGAAAGGCGCUGGCAUCGACGUUUUGCAACCAGCAGCGCCUACAGUUGGGCUGCAUGGACGAUGCUGCAGAGUGUUUCGUCCUUUGGCACUUGGAUGUGUUUCGAAGGAGUUUCCGAGAGCUGAGUAAUCACGCUUGCGCCGGGGAGACGUGUAUUUUCUGUGCUUUGAAGGAGCUGUUCAAGCAAUUCCAACUCGGGGGCGAUGGCGUCCUGCACCCGGAUGCGUUGCGAAAGGCGCUGGCAUCGACGUUUUGCAACCAGCAGCGCCUACAGUUGGGCUGCAUGGACGAUGCUGCAGAGUGUUUCGAGACGAUUUUGCUUCGGAUACACGCGCACUUGUCGCCGGGAGAGCCGGAGGACGGGUGCCAAUCGAGGACGUGUGUUCCUCAUCAACGCUUUGCCAUGAGCCUGGUGGAACAGAGUGUGUGUCAAGCAUGCGGUGCCACUUCAGAGCCACUCCCCUUCACCCAAAUGGUGCAUUACGUGAGUGCAUCGGCUCUCACGUCCCAGCCGUCUGGCGUGGAAGCCUUUGGCAACCGGCUGAGGAGUGCCGGUGGAAUGGGUGACAUCCGCGACUGUCCCAGUGGUUGUGGAGCCAAACUCCAGAUCUUCAGGACUUUGAGGAACCGUCCGGAUAUAGUUUCCAUCGGUAUCGUGUGGGACAGUGAGAGACCAGACCUGGAUCACAUCAUGAAGGUUUUGGCGACGGUCAGCAUCCAUUUGGAGUUGUCUGAUGUUUUCCAUUCCGUGGCGGAGACCCGGAAUCCUCAUACGCUUGUUGGCCUGGUGACAUACUACGGAAAGAACUACUCGACGUUCUUUUUCCACUCGAAGCUCCAGUUGUGGAUUUAUUUUGACGAUGCGAGCGUGCGUGAGAUCGGGCCGCAUUGGGGCCAGGUGGUGGACAAGUGCCGAAGGGGACAUUUCCAGCCCCUGUUGCUCAUGUAUGCUACGACUGCUGGGGAUUCCAAGUUGUCCUUCAGCUUUGGGUCCCUCCCGAGGAACCUGAGGAGGGCAGUGACCCCGAGUCCACAGGACGUCGUGAGAGAAGACUCGCGACGGAGAGCCGUCACUCCGAGUUUCGACGCGCAGGGUGACUACGGCAACUAUCAAAACAUCGACGCUUUUCGCCAUUUAUUCUCCGUGUUCGACAAGGACGACUUGAACUCGUCAGGGGUUUCGGAAGACGGUCCGAAAACGACGGUGUCCUCUUCUUCGUCGUCGUCUCCUGAUCUGAAGGUGAAGUUGACGCCGGGCGCGAAUGUUCCGGGUAAACGGGAUUCCGGACAUUGGAGCGGAGACCGGAACUCGGCGUCUUCGUCGAGCAGCACGACGGAGAACCCGUAUCUGUACCUCGUGCCGGCGUCGAAGCAAAGAACGCGAUUGAACAUGAAUGCGAGGGAUUUACAAAACAUUCCGGAAGGCUUGCCUCCGUGGCGACACUUGGCUGCGGAUGAUUGCGAGAAGCUUUGUUUCGAAUCCGAUAAAUUCCUCGAGUUGUCGCGAUUGAAGGAGGAUGCCGGGGAAAUGGAUAACGCCAUUGCCAUGUGUUCUACUGCUGCUGCCAAAGCCAGAUGUGCCAUGGAUGCUCCGUACAAUAACCCGCAGGCUAUCAUGUUCGCCAGGAUGAAGCACAACGCGUGUGUAAUGAGAUUGAGGACACUACAGCGUCGUUUGGUGUCGAGGCAAGAAAGCUUGAACUCACAUGGAUCCUCCGCGAGUGAUGACACAGACUCGACGAGAAAACCUGAGCAACGACACAGUCGACAGAACAGCAAGGACUCGACCGCGUCGACGGCUACGGUAGUGCGUCGCCAGGAGCCGGUGCAGAAUUACGACACGUUGUCAAAGCGACGUCCCCAUGGGAAAGGCAUUGAGAUCUACGCCACGUUGCCGAAGAAGGCGGUCGGGAAACGCCCCGAUGCGUUCUCGGGCGACGAGAGUUCCUUGUCGGAGCAGACGAGUGACGGUAAGACCGGGAAGGGCCGGAAGCAGCACAAGAUCCGUCGGAAGUUGCUCAUGGGCGGGCUCAUAAAGAGGAAGAAUAGAAGCAUGCCUGAUCUGAGGGAUGAAGAUACUCAGGCCCCGCCGAGAGCUCAGACUCCUGAGGAUUGCAAUAGGCCCGCGGAACCGGUGUGUGGAUAUUUAUCCGAGGGACACAUGGACUACUCGAACCCGAACCUGGAGAGGUCGAAAUUGAUGCGACGGAGUUUCCAUCACAGUGUUGCGCAGAAGCCUCCGCAUGUGCCAAAAGUGCCGCCACCGCCGCCACCUGCGAGAACGACAUCUAAGCUGAGUCCCAUGAAGCCCGUGGCUCCUCCCCUGCCGCCGAGGACUGAUGCGAGGAUCCCGUGGGGGAACUCGAUGCUGGCUCAUAUUUAUGAAAAUAUUUCCUACAAACCGCUGCCGAAUCAAGUUGCCACUGUGUUGACGACUGCUCAAGUGCAUUCCGAGGACUUCCCGGAACCCCCGCCCCCGCUGGAGUCGGCCAUCCCCGACCUGAUCCGGGAACAGGCUGCCGGGAAUUGGAACCCCAGGUCUGCCUGGUCCCUGCCUCCGCCUUCCCCCAGGAACUCGGUGAAAGCCUUGACUUCGAGAUUUGAGCAAAUAUCAACGGACUGCGUGGACUCGCCGGCGGCGAUGCCUGCAGUCGCACCGGUGAAAGCAGGCAAGAAGAGCGUCCGGUUCUGCGACCAGGUGACGCUGGUGGCGGAAGCCGACGCCGACGAAACCUCGCUUCCGAAUCCGAUCCUGGAAAGGGUCUUGCGGAGCGCCGGCUUGAAGGAAACGGUGUCGCCGCCUUUGGGGUCUCCGAUCGGAUCCGUGACGUCUUCCGACAGCUCGGUGGCGCCGUUGUCCCCACCGCCGUAUGAUCCGAACGCUGGGUCUCAAUUCUGGAGUCGGCAGAGGAGCCCGUUGCCGCUGGCGACUGCGGGAUGUUGUUCCUUGUGCGGGAAGAAGUUGGUCAUGCCGCCGAAUGUCUACUGCACGGACUGCGACUUCUACAUGGCCAAGUUGCGAACCGUCAAAGCGUCCUAAGAAUGCCAUACAGUACUUUUUUUGUACAUUCCGGAAAGAAAAAAUUCUGUGAUAUGUCCCCUGUACAAGAGAGUGAAUGAGUGUUUGUAAAGUUGCUGCUGCUGCUGCUAUUGUUGUUGUUGGUGUGGUGGUGGUGUGGGAUGAUCUGUCUUCCACACGUUUUUUGGUUCCGAGGAAAUGGCUUCCUGAAAUAAUUGACGUCCACGAGACUCCAGCCGUCGGCUGAGUCUUGGUAAUUGUGAAUCUCCGGUGGAGCGAUGAGACACACUUAUUCCGUCCAUACAUGCAUACGGGGGUAUUUUCGAAAGUCUCGCCACGUCCUCAACAACUAACUUUUCGAGGCUUCGGCCACAAUCCUGAUUUUUCCCCAUUUCCUGAUUCCGAAAAUAGCAGUGUUGAGUUUAAAAGCAAAGCGAUUCGAAAUUCUGUAGCGUUUACGGUAGAAAUGUGAAGUUGUCCUGCUUUUUCAAAAAGGUUUCCAAUACUUUGAGGAGAAACG